AUGGACCCUAUUAAGCACAUCACGUACAAUACACAUGUAUUGUUAAGAUUGCCUUCAAACAAUAUCAAAUUAUGUGAACUGAGACCCAAUAGCGAUAUAUCGCUAGGAAAGUUUGGAGCUUUUAAAACAAAUGAUAUUAUUGGUUAUCCUUUUGGGACUACGUUCGAGAUCCACUACGACAAUGCGCUAGAGGAAACUAUCCCCGGUCCUCAGGAUGCGGCCGCCACGAAAAACUCAAAGAACAAGUUCAAGAUACCGGUUGGUACUUUGAGCGUCUUGGAAAGCCGCCUUACUGCUAAUGGGGGUACAAACGGUGCAGCUACCGGGUUGGGAUCUGAAGAAGAAACCACGCCGAAUCCCGAACUCCAAUUGAUAGGAAACAGCGAAUCGAACAAGAAUCUCAUCAACGUCGGGAACAGUAUCCAGAAACUGAGUAUGGCAGAAAUAGAAUUACUCAAGAAGCAAACUGCCACCGGUGAAGAAAUUAUCAACAAAAUGAUAGAAGCGCAUGGUAGUUUCCAUCAAAAGACAGUCUUUUCUCAAGAGAAGUAUCUCAAGCGCAAGAAACAGAAAUUCGCUAAAUUCUUCACCGUUGAGUACCUGAGCUCAUCUGGACUUUUGCAAUAUUUACUGGACAAGGGAGAUACUGUGCGUGCUAUGGAUAUGUCGGAAGAAAGUAUAGGGAUGAUACUCAGUUUAGGCAACAUCAAAUCUAAUGGCACAUACUUGUGCGUUGAUGAAACUGGCGGCUUGCUAGUUUAUGCAUUGCUAGAGCGGAUGUUUGGCGGUGAAAAUACUUCGAACGCUGUUGGAAAAGUGAUUGUAGUACAUGAAAAUGAACAUGCGAAUCUCGAUUUACUCAAGUUUUCUAAUUACAGCGAGGAUUUCAUUCAAAAUCAUGUUAAAACAGUGUCUAUAUUGGACUAUUUCGAACCUCCAGUUUUAGCAGAAGUACAGGACGCAUUUACCCCGCUAUCUGAUGAUCAACUAAAGUUGAUGAAAAGUAACAAAAAAGGGGCCUAUUACCGCCGUCUGAAAUGGUACAAUAGCCAAAUUGAUAUUAUCGAUUGGGCCACCAAACAGCACUAUGAUGGUCUCGUGGUUGCUUCCACUUUACAUCUCUCCUCGCUCAUACCGCGAUUGGGUGAGAGAGUUCAUGGUUCGCGGCCCAUCGUCUGCUAUAGUCAGUUUAAGGAGACGGUGUUAGAGCUAUCGCACACUUUGUACAGCGACUUAAGAUUCCUUGCCCCUACUAUAAUGGAGACACGCUGCAGACCAUUUCAAACCAUAAGAGGACGUCUUCAUCCACUUAUGACCAUGAGAGGCGGCGGUGGGUAUGUUAUGUGGUGUCAUAAGGUCAUACCCGUACUGCCUUCAGAUGUAAGAACACCGGCUCCUCUUGUAGGUGAACCUCUUGACGAAUCUGAGGCUAAGAAACAGAAGAUAGAGUAG